GCAGGUUGGACCUUCCUGUUCUUUACACUAUUCACUCCUCGCGAUCUUCACCAAAAUCACACACUCUCUCCCACAGCUUUCUUGUGACUCCAGUUUUCCAUCACAAUGCCUCGUCGUGGUCGUGGAAAGCAACCAGAAGUUCGCCCCCAUCAAUCGUCCCCGACCGCAUCCCAAUCUGCCCCCGGUCGAGAUGUUGCUGGAGGCAGGCCGCAAGCCGGACCCGGACGUGGCGCUGCAUCUGUAUCCGCGACGCCUCCUCCUCCGACUGCGGCCGUUACUCAAGAUGCUCCGAGUGCUGAGUUGGGGCGUUUAACGUUGCAGACUCCGGCUCCCUCAUCGUCAAAGGCCACGAGAUUUGCUGACCGACCAGAUUUUGGUAGAAUGGGGAAAAGAAUUCAAGUUCGUGCAAAUCACUUUCUCGUUGAGGUGGCUGAUAAGGAUCUUCAUCACUACGAUGUAUCUAUAUCUCCAGAAAUUACUUCGAAAAAGAUCUCUAGGAAUGUCAUGAAUCAACUAGUCCAGCUGUACAGGGAGUCACACCUGAACAAGCGAACACCAGCUUAUGAUGGCCGGAAGAGUCUUUAUACAGCAGGCCCUUUGCCGUUCUCGUCAAAGGAAUUCGUGGUUAAGUUGGUAGAUAGCGAUGAACAAGCCAGUUCUUCCGGUUCAACGAGGAACAAACGUGAGCGCGAGUUUAAGGUCACGAUUCGUUAUGCUUCCAAGGCUGAUCUUCACCAUUUGCAGCAGUUUCUAAGAUGUCGACAGCUGGACAAUCCACAAGAAACAAUUCAAGCACUCGAUGUUGUCCUCAGGGCAUCACCAUCUGAGAAGUAUACUGUUGUCGGUAGAUCUUUUUUCUCACCAAGCUUGGGUCAGACUGGCGAGCUUGGUGAUGGAAUAGAAUAUUGGAGAGGAUAUUAUCAAAGCAUCCGGCCGACCCAGAUGGGACUUUCCCUUAAUAUUGAUGUAUCAGCAAGGGCAUUUUAUGAAGACAUCUUUGUGACUGACUUUAUUGCAAAGCACUUUAAUUUUAAUUUUUCAAGGCGUCUGUCUGAUCAAGACAGAAUUAAGAUUAAGAAAGCCUUAAGAGGAGUGAAGGUAGAAUUCACUAAUGGUCAGUGUACUAGAAGUUACAAAAUUACUGGAAUCUCCAAAGAACCACUGAGCGAGUUGAUGUUUACUCUCGAUGACAAGAGAACAAAAAUAACUGUUGUUCGUUACUUUCGUGAUAAAUACAAUGUUGAGCUCAAGCAUUUGUCUCUUCCUGCCCUCCAAGCUGGGAAUGAUACAAAACCUAUUUAUUUGCCUAUGGAGCUUUGCAAGAUAGUUGCUGGGCAAAGGUACACAAAGAAACUGAAUGAGAGGCAGGUAACCGCCCUUUUGAGAGCAACCUGUCAACGACCUUCUGACAGGGAGAAGGACAUUAGAGAGAUGGUCAGGCGUAACAAUUUUAGCAGAGACAGGCUUGUACACGAAUUUGGUAUUAACGUGAAUGAACAACUGGCAGUGUGUGAUGCACGUGUUUUGCCUCCUCCAAGGCUUAAAUAUCAUGAAACUGGGAAGGAAGCAGUUGUUGAACCCUGGAGGGGCCAGUGGAAUAUGAUAAACAAGAAAAUGUUUGAUGGUGGAAAAGUGCAAUAUUGGACUUGUCUCAACUUUUCUACACGGGUGAACAGAGAUUUGCCUGGUCAAUUCUGUAAUGAGUUGGUAAAUAUGUGCAGCAGUAAGGGAAUUGUUUUCAAUCGAACCCCAUUACUUCCUAUAAGGUCAGCUCAUCCUGGCCAAAUAGAGGGACUUCUCAGAGAUGUCUACAAGCAAUCUAAUGGGAAACUUCAGCUGUUGAUUAUAAUCUUGCCUGACAUUAAAGGUUCCUAUGCAAAGAUUAAACGGAUUUGUGAAACAGAAUUGGGAAUAGUGUCUCAAUGCUCUCAGCCAAAGGAAGCUUCAAGGCUUAAUAAGCAAUAUCUUGAAAAUUUGGCCCUCAAGAUCAAUGUUAAGGUUGGGGGGCGCAAUACAGUGUUGAUCGAUGCAAUUCAAGGGAAAAUUCCUCAUGUGACUGAUCGCCCUACUAUAAUAUUUGGUGCGGAUGUAACACAUCCUCAGCCAGGGGAGGACUCAAGCCCUUCUAUAGCAGCUGUAGUGGCAUCCAUGGAUUGGCCGCAAGUCACCAAGUACCGUGGAAUUGUUUCAGCCCAGUCUCACCGUGAAGAAAUUAUAUUGGAUCUCCAUAAAACUUUUCAGGAUCCUCAGAGGGGAGUUGUACACGGCGGAAUGAUUAGAGAGCUACUUGUUGCAUUCUAUAAAUCAACCAGGCAUAAGCCAGACAGGAUAUUAUUCUACAGAGAUGGAGUUAGUGAAGGCCAAUUCAGUCAGGUUCUACUUCAUGAGAUGGAAGCUAUAAGGAAGGCUUGUGCCUCAUUGGAGGAAGGAUAUCAGCCAAGAGUAACCUUCUUGGUGGUACAGAAAAGACAUCAUACCCGAUUCUUUCCUGUUGAUCAUAACAGUCGUGACCAGACCGAUAAAAGUGGAAAUAUUUUGCCAGGCACUGUUGUUGAUACUCGUAUCUGCCAUCCCAGAGAAUUUGACUUUUACCUUAACAGCCAUGCUGGAAUUAAGGGAACUAGCCGACCUACACACUAUCAUGUGCUGUUUGAUGAGAAUAAUUUCAAGGCUGACGAGCUCCAGAUGUUAACAAACAACUUGUGUUACACGUAUGCAAGGUGCACUAGAUCGGUGUCUAUAGUACCUCCUGCUUAUUAUGCACACUUGGCUGCUUUCCGUGCUCGAUACUACAUUGAAGGCGAGACAUCAGAUGUGGAUUCUGGAAGUGGAAGUAGGAGCACUAACGUGGUGCUAACUCUUCCAGCGAUUAAGGACAAUGUCAAGGAUGUUAUGUUUUAUUGUUAAAGCUGUUUCAUUUUAGUAAUUUGGGUAGACUAUGAGAUGCACAGACCACCGCCUUGUUCUCCUUACUAGUAUAUGAAGCUUGAUUUAUGUACUGGUAAUUUUGGUUAGAUUAUGAGAUGCAAAGAACUCGUGGCUUUUUUAUUUGAGGAAUGACCCAUCUUGAUUACUGUUUAUAGUAGAUAUUUAAAUUUCAUAUAUUAUUUUUGUUGG